AUGUCGAAACCCACCCUCGCCGUUCUGGACGACUACCAGAACAUCGCUCCGGACCAUUUCUCCCACUUAACCUCCCGCAUCGACAUCUCCUAUUUCCCGGAGACCCUCAAUCCCCGCAUCCCCGCGCAACAUGACGCGCUAAUCGCCCGCCUGCAGCCCUUCGACAUCAUCCUCGCCAUGCGCGAACGCACGCCAUUGUCAGCCACCACGCUCGCCGCCCUCCCCAACCUCAAGCUCCUCCUGACAACCGGCACGCGCAACCUGGCCCUCGACACCGCCUACUGCGCCGCACACAACAUCCCCGUCGCAGGGACCUGCACGCGACCACCCGGCGUGAACUCCACCGUCCAGCACACGUGGGCGCUCAUCCUCGCGCUCGCGCGCCACGUCGCGCGCGACGAUGCCGCCGUCAAGCGCGGCGGCUGGCAGGGCUCGCUGGGGAUGUCGCUCGCCGGCAAGACGCUGGGGCUGGUGGGACUCGGCAAGCUGGGUGGCCAGGUGGGCCGCAUCGCGGUGCAGGCGUUCGACAUGCGGGUCACGGCGUGGUCGGCGAACCUGACGCAGGCGGCGGCGGACGCGCAGGCGGAAGCGCAGGGGCUGCCGGCGGGCAGCUUCGUCGUGGCGGCGUCGAAGGAGGCGCUUUUCCGGGACGCGGACGUGGUCAGCGUGCACUAUGUGCUGUCGGAGCGCAGUCGCGGCGUGGUUGGGGCGCCGGAACUGGCGGCUAUGAAGCCGGGUGCGUUGCUGGUGAACACAUCGCGCGGCCCGCUGGUUGAUGAGGCCGCGUUGCUGGAUACGCUGCGGCGCGGUGGGAUCCGCGGCGCUGCGCUGGAUGUGUUUGAUCCGGAGCCGUUACCGGCGGAUAGUCCGUGGCGGACGACGGAUUGGGGGCGCGAGGGUCGCAGUGAGGUGUUGCUCACGCCGCAUAUGGGGUAUGGCGAUGAGCAGAUCCACGGGUGCUCAAUUCCUUCUCUCCUCAACUCCUCAUACAUUUCUCCCGGUCAAUUCCUCAUUCCAAUCCCUCAUCUCAUCAUGUCGCCCAUCGCCGUCGACCCCUCCCCCGCUCCCGCUCCCCCCACUACAACCACCACCACACAACCAACUCAUCCCAACCUCAUCCGCGUCGUGCGCAGUCCCAAAGCCUUUGGCAGCCACGCCGAGUCCCUCGUGUCGCUGCCGGCCGGCGCCGUCCUGGCCAAGAUCACCACCGCCACGCCCGCCAAGAAGGCUUACACUUCGGUGCAGACCGGCCGCGACUCGCACAUCGAGCUGAACUCCGACCUGGUCUUUUGCAACCACUCGUGCGCGCCCACGCUGGACUUCGACAUGCACAAGAUGGAGGUGCGCGUGGUGCAGAACCGCGACCUGCACGUCGGCGACCAUCUCACCUUCUUCUACCCGUCCAGCGAGUGGGAGAUGGACCAGCCGUUCCAGUGCAACUGCGGGGCUAACUCGUGCAAGGGAGUCAUCGAUGGCGCGAAGAGCAUGAAGAAGGAGGAUCUGGCGGGGUACUGGCUGAACCCGCACAUUGAGGAGUUGUUGAAGGAGCGGGGUGACUAG